CCAGUCUCUCUCUCUCUCUCUAUCCCUCUCACUCUGUCUCUCUAGGGUUUGUUCUCGAUGGCAGAGGAAGCGCACUAUGCAGCACCGGCAUCGGAAUCCCUCAAACGGAAGUACGAUGAGCCACCCACCCACCGCCCCACCGGCUUCUCCUCCCCUCAUUCCACCGUCUCCGACAUCGAGCUCGCCAAGCAGAAAGCUCAAGAAGUCGCUGCUCGUCUCUUCAGCGGUGCUCCUCCUCCCCCAAUCGACCUCAAACGCCCUAAACCUGAUAACGCUGCUCCUCCUUCCUCCUUCGAUUCCAUCGAUUUGAAGGCUCAAUACCCUGUGUCUACUUAUCAAACUUCGAGCAAGAAGAUAGAUAUACCCAGUGGUAGAGUUGGUGUGAUUAUUGGUAAAGGUGGGGAAACCAUCAAGUCUCUUCAGUUGCGGUCUGGUGCCAAAAUCCAAGUUACCCGUGAUAUGGAUGCUGACCCCAAUUCCCCGAAUAGGUUGGUUGAGCUUAUGGGUAGUCCUGAGGCUAUUGCCGAUGCUGAGAAACUCAUCAAUGAAGUUCUUGCUGAGGCUGAGUCUGGGGGUUCUGGCAUGAUUGGUCGACGGCUGACUGGACAAUCUGGGUCGGCUGAUGAGUUUUCGAUGCAAAUCCCGAAUAAUAAGGUUGGCCUUAUAAUUGGCAAGGGAGGAGAAACUAUAAAGAGUAUGCAAGCUGAGUCUGGAGCACGAAUUCAGGUGAUACCUUUGCAUCUUCCCCCAGGUGACCCAUCAACAGAAAGAACAUUAAAAAUUGAUGGUUCUCCUGAGCAAAUUGAGUCAGCAAAGCAAUUGGUUAAUCAAAUCAUCAAUGGCGAGAACCGUCCCAGAAAUUCAGGUGGUUAUUCUCAGCAGGGUUACCAAUCCCGACCACCAUCUAGCUGGGCUCCCCCUGCUCCUCCUAUGCAGCAACCUGGUUAUGGCUAUAUGCAGCCUGGAGCAUACUCUGGUCAAGCACCCCAAUACAACAUGCCUCAGGCCCAAUACCCUGGCUAUCCUCCCCAGCAAGCUGGCGGAUAUUCCACCAAUUGGGACCAGUCCACCGCUCCACCUAACCAGCCGACAGCUGGUGGCUAUGAUUACUACAGUCAACAGCCACAGCAGCAGCAAAAUCCUGGGGGUUCUGCAGCUUCUGCUGAUGGGUCCACAUACAAUUACAGUCAACCACCUUCCUCUGGUUAUAACCAUCCAGGACAAGGUUAUGGUCAGGACGGCUAUAGUGCUUAUAAUGCGCCACCACAAUCGGGGUACGGUCAGCCGCCAACAUAUGACCAGCAGCAAGGUUAUGGCUCUGCUCCCAGCUAUGGUAGUAGUAACCCAGCACAAGAGGGCAACACUUCCAGCUAUGGAGCGCAAGGAGAUUCAUCCCAAGCUCCAUCUGUUCAACCCUCGACUGCUGCGGCGCAGGGUUACGCUACCAACCAACAACCAAACUCCACCAGUCAGCAAGGUUAUGGAGCCCCACCCCCAACCUCCCAAGCAGCUUAUGGCAAUCAACAACAGUCUGGUUAUGGUUAUGGACCCCCUCAACCUGUGAAGCCAAGUGGCACUCCACCUGUUUAUGGACAAUCACAGUCGCCCAGCACAGCAGGAGGCUAUGGUCAGUCAGCAUAUCCUCCUGCACAACCCUCACCUGCCGGGUAUGCUCAACCAGACCAAAAAGCGCCCGCAUCUGGUUAUGGUGUUGCAGCGCAACCAGGGUAUGGUCCUCAAUCAUAUGGUGCUCCUCAGGGUAGUUAUGGUCAGGCACCGCCAUCAUACGGCAACAGUUCUUAUGGUGCUGGUUAUGCUCAGACACCUGCUUAUGCUAGUGAUGGUACUAAUGGAGCACCUGCACAGGCGGCGGCAGCAGCUCAACAGGGUGGUGUUGCUAAAGCUUCACCACAGAGUUGAUAUGUAUUGGUUAUUUUUUACCUUGAACUGUAAUGGUUUUAUUGUGUUUGUCUGUUUUUUAUUGUGGUAAUGACGUUUAUUUAGGCAUUGCAGUAUUUAGAUGGAGGCAUUGAUGGAUUGAGAAUUCUAAUUCUCAAAUAUCUUAUACGGCUCACAUUUUGUACUUAUCUAAUGUUUUGUUCUGACGAUUACUUAUUGGAUGUUGGACUAGAAUAUUUUUUGCGAAUUA